AUAUAUAAUAUUUAUGAAGCUAAUGAGAUCACAGUUACUUGAUGAUAUAGAGUGCGGAGUGGGAGGCGACACAUGCAGCAACAUGACAGACGAGAAGCAAGUUAGUGACCGUGUCGCCGAACUGGAUUUAAAACUGAAAUGCAAACCGGAGCAGUUCGGGUGGGGCGUGCGGCACCUGCAGGUGGGCGCCAUGUGCCUCGCCAUCCUGGCGCUGUUCACGGCGCGCUCCACCAUCGGCGUGGCCAUCCUCGCCAUGACCGACCACACCCGGGUGCGCGGGCCUGAGACCUUCCCGUGGGACAAGAAGAUCCAGGGCUACAUUUUAUCCGCGUUCUUCGUGGGGUACGCGCUGAUGCAGAUCCCCGGCGGGCUGAUGGCCAAGCGCUUCGGCGGCAAGCCCGUGCUGGCCUUCGCGCUCGUGGCGAAUGGACUCAUCUGCUGCACCGUGCCGCUCAUGGCGCAUUUGGGUGGCUGGCCGCUGGUGUGCGUGGCGCGCAUGCUGAUGGGCGUGACGCAGGCGUGCACGCUGCCCUCGAUCCACACGCUGAUGGGCCGCUGGCUGCCCGCGCACGAGUUCACCACCUUCAGCGGCAUUAUCCACGCCAGCUCCAGCAUCUCGGUGAUCAUCAGCAUGCCGAUCUCCGGUCUCCUCGCGGAGACGGAGCUAGGCUGGAAGCUGAUCUUCUACGUGACGGCGGCGCUGCUGCUGGCCGCGGCCGGCGCGUGGUGGGCCCUCGCCGCCAGCUCGCCCGGAGAGCAUCGGCUGAUGACGAUAGAGGAGAAGCUGUACAUUGAAAAGGACAUGACUCCUGUUGGGACUAAGGGCUCAUUCAGUGUCCCGUGGAAGGACAUCUUGAGGAGCAAGCACGUGUACGCCAUCUUGUUCUCGAACUUCGCGUACUCGAGCUGCUUCUCCUUCCUGUUCCUCGACAUGCCCACCUUCAUGGAGAAGGGGCUGCAGUUGUCGCUGAAAAAUAGUGCAUUCCUCUCUGCGUUGCCGUACACCGGGAUGUUAUUUUCCGCGCUAUUCUUCACUUUCCUAUGCGAUAAGUUAAUUAACAAUGGAUACAUGUCUCUCAGAGUGUCAAGAAAACUUUACAAUUCUCUUGGUUUGUUCGGAGCUGCGUUUUUCCUGGUGUUGCUCUCUUUAGUUGACGGUGAUCGCAAAACUUUAGCCGUUAUAUCAUUGAUUUGUAUUCAAUCAAUAUUAGCUGCUUGCGGUGCCGGUUAUUGUAUAAACCACCUGGACCUGUCACCCAACUACGCGGGCGUGCUGAUGGCGCUGUGCAACGGGCCCGCCAACAUCGGCAGCUUCGUCACGCCCAUCAUGACCAGCUUCAUCUUGCAGAAUGAUCCCACGAACAUCGACCGGUGGCACGUGGUGUGCCUGGUGCUGGCGGGCGUGUGCGCCGCCGCCAACGUGCUGUACCUGCUGCUGGGCUCCAGCGAGCGCCAGCCCUGGGACUGCCCGCGCGCGCCGGCACAGUACUGCAGCCCAGAGGAAAUGAAGCCGUUAAAGAAGGUUAACAACGAAACGGAAACAAAUACGAAGUGAUGUCAAUUCCUAUAAUACAUGCAGGAUUGGUAUUACAAUCUACCUCUACCAGUGAAACAUUAGUUUAGAGAAAUACUUCAAUCUCCAGUUAUAUUCACAUGAGCUGAACCCUCUAGAUUACAGGACACAAUGUCGUAUAGCGUAUUUAAAGUAUAAAAAUCUGUAGAUAUGUCUGAUUUUAUAUAGACAACUAAACUACUUGUGAAAUAUUUGUGAAUAAUAUGAUCACUGAUCCAACUACCGCCUAAUAUAUUAUGUAAAAUAAGGUGUAUCUGUGUAUGCGAACUAUUUGAGCUGUUAAUAACGCUACACCCGUUUAAAACCCAGGACGCUUAGCUUCAUUUUGUAUUACCUAAACUAAAUCUAGUAAUGUAUCAAAAUACGUGUUAAUUCUUUCUAUGUAAAUGAAGGAUCGCCCCCUAAUAUUGGGCCACUACAUAUUUAUUGCUGUGUGAAGUAAGUAUAACUUCCUAUAGUCACUAGUUUAAAUGCCAACAGUAUCGGCAGUGUAAAUAUAGCUUUUAUUAAAACCUAGACUUAGGCAUUACUUCUAUGAUUUAUUGUUGUGAUAUUAUAGAAUAAGUUCAUACUGUGGUGUGUGAAUAAGAUAUCGCUUGUAGCUAUAAGUUCUUAUAAUAAUUACAAAUACGAGUAAGUGUAUUUACCUCUAUAUACUCUGUAUGUUUGUUUAAUAAACGUGCAGUAAAUUAAA